GCAGAAUCCAUCAAAGUCAAUAAGAAGGCUAUAUAUAUUAUUUAAACAUCAGAAAACAGCAAACAAAAUGAACAAGCUUGUGGUCAAUUGUGUACUUUUUGCGUUCCUCGUAUUGGAUAUUGAAGCUUUACAUUUGCCGAGUUACCUAACGGCAUGCUCAAAGAAUGAUCCCAAAUUCACCGAAUGUGCAACUAAAAGUGCAAAUGCUGCAAUGAAAGUUAUAUCAAUUGGUGAUCCAACAUUUAAAGUGCCUCCUUUGAAGGAGUUUAAACUGAAUGAAGUUUUUAUUGAUAAUGGUGAAACUCUGAAAAUUAAGUUCACAGAUGUCAUCAUAUCAGGAUUAGAAAACUUGGCUUCUAGCUCCGUCAAUUUUGAUUUCGAGAAAAAACAUGUUCGCUUCAUCACUGAGACUCCAUUAAUGCAAUUGGAUGGACAUUAUGACAUCAGUGGAAGAAUUUUGGUUUUACCAAUUUCUGGAAAUGGAACAUCACAAAUUAAGUUUGAUGGCUGCCAUUUUAUAUAUGAUUUUGAUUACGAUUUGGUGGACAUCGAAGGAAAACAAUAUGCACAGUUGAAAAAUGACAACAUCGAAUUUACACCUAAGAAGAUUCAUUUCGAUUUCAAAAACUUGUUCAAUGGAAAUGUACAAUUUGGAACCGAAAUGAAUAAAGUUUUGAACGAAAAUUGGGAAGAAGUUGGUAAGGAAGUGUCUCCAGCUAUAAACAAAACGAUCAAAACCAUAAUUACUUCAGUUUUCAAUAAGUUCUUAAGUAAAAUACCUUUUGAUGAAUUAGUAAAAGACAACUAAAAAUAACUUACAGUAGUUUAGAAUUAUAUAAUAUGAGAAUUAUAGUAAUUAUAUUAUAUGGUGUAAAUUGGAAUACUUACCUGUAUUUAUAGGCGGUAUCUGGCGAAAUUGUGCGUGACAAAAGCUAUGUGAAGGGA